UGGCGCCCUAGCAACCUGUGCGAGCGGUUCCAUCGGCGAUCUAUGAGACGGCUAUGGAUGUCACUGGGUCUCCGCUCUUACUCUGGGCCGCCUGUGCUCUGCUGGUGACAGCGAUAGGAGCCCAGAAUAUGGCGGGGUUUUUUCCUUCUAGGAUACUUUUGUCUGGACCUACAGCAACAUCUUACUUCGUUGGAAACGCAUCUGUCAAUUUAUAUCUGGAUGUCAUUGGAAAUACAUCUAUUGUACCAGAACCAAACUGUAAUGGCAAUAGCAGCACUGAAAAUUGGGCCUCAUUUUUGGAAAGUGUCACCUCCACUACGAAUUUGUAUAAAGUCACUGUGACUUUGAAUACGACCUUGUCAUGCGUUCUGGAUAAGACUCCGUGUUUUGUGGAGGCAAUUCAGGUUUCCGCAUGUGAGAGUAAUGUACCUAUUGCAAGUCUCCUAAUUCAAGCAGAAAUCUAUAGCAACACCACCUUCACAGGAAAUGUGUCAGACAAUGCAACAGUGAUACCUACCCAGGCAUAUCAACCACUUGGGCCAUGCCCCUGUAACCUGACAGCUGGUGCUUGUGAUAUUGGUUGCUGCUGUGAUCAGGAGUGUACAUCAAGCCUCAGGGAGCUGUUUAAUGGAUUCUGUUACACUGGUGUGUUUGGUGGAAAUGUAACACCGCCUUUUGACCAGCUCUGUAGUGUUGAGCAAAUUAAACGCGCUCCGGAUUGGUUUCCGUUCCUUUGUGUUCAAUCAUCCAUUGACAAUUCACCAUUUCUAGGUUACUUCUUCCAAGGUUCAACUGUAUCUGUCACCCAGCCCUAUACCUUCAGUGUGAGCUCCCAGACCAUUGUCCAAGCUUCUGUGAAUCCUUAUAAACAAGGGGAUCCCAUUUUAGUACAGCAGAAUGGAUACUAUGUGUAUCUUACAAUUCCACAGCAGUCCACAAAUGGAGGAUGUGAGAGUAAUGCCCCUGUGGCUUACCUUCAGAAUGUUGUCUCUACAUGCGUUACUUAUUUGAAAACAUGUGCCGAUGUGUUGACACCAAAUUUUAAUGUGACUGUUCAGGAUGGAAAAGGAGGAUCAAUUACUCCCCAAAUAGUAAUUCAAAACAACACUGUGGACAGUGGGACAGUUUCCGGCAUACAGUGUCUGGGCAUUAUAUCAUCUGCAAACUACACGUUUAUUUGGGAGUCCAACACACUUCGAGGAAUCAAUAUAACCGUCCUUAUUGAGAAUAUCAAUCUGACUCUUCCAGCUCCACUAACUCAACAGUUUGCAGUAACCUUUCUCACCAGUGACAAUAUCAAUGCAUCUGAUGUUCUCUCUGGAAAUCCAGGUUACCAAGUUGGCAAGCCUGUGAUAGCAGCCAGUGGAAGUUUACCUCUUAAUAAAAUGACUCUCAAUCUUUGGAAACCUGGUAAUAGUUUGUGUUUGUGUUCCUCAGCCUCUCCCACACCUGUUUUGUAUGGACAAAAUUCCUAUUCUGGGUGUAUUUUGCAAGUGGUUAAUGAGGACUGCAAUCAGAUAAGGGAGAAUGUAACUGCCUUACUGAAAUCCUUUGUUCCAGUUAGUUACAUAGCAAUGAGCGGCAACUCUAAAACCACUGACCUCACUGAAUGGGUUUCCAUUAUCUAUGAAGAGAGUAAUUCCACUUGUUUGGGUGACUGUGCAGCACAAAACGUAAUGUGCCUAAACGUUCCUGUUAACAUGAACAUACAGAUCCUCACUGCAGUCACUGGAGCAGUGGAAGGAAUUCCACAGGAAGAGAUCAUUGGAGUGAAAAUAAGCUUUUCUACAGUUAAUGUUGAUUGCAUCACAUCCUGCACGUUAUCACUACCUAUCAGCAGUUCUGUACAGUUCAUCAAAGUUCCUGCCCAAGCCACUCCUAGAGUCUCAAGUUUUCAGAUAAAUUACACAGAAUAUGACUGUGAAAAGAAUGACGUCUGCUGGCAGCAGCUUGCAUACCCGCUUACACAGUAUUAUACAGGAGAACCUCAUCACUUGACUCUUGCAAAAGGAAUGAUCUUGGUUUUCUUCUUCAUCGUUGCUUCUGUUCUUGGUGGACCAUGGAACAGAAUUCGUAAAGCCUGGACUAUCAAAGCAUUCUAGUUACAAGUGACUCUUUUCACUAGGUGUAAGUGAAUAACGAUCCUGUGUCAAGACAGCGGUUAUCUCUGGAAACCCAGUCACAGAUUUGUUGGAAGCUCUUAAUGUUUAUGCUGUAAAGUGGACUCUAAUUGUUAUGGAUUGCCUAAGCAUUUGGUUAUCAUGAACAAGAGAGAGACUGUUUCCUGUUACAAAUUGGAAGGAAUAUUUCAAAUCAUGAAACACAUUACCUUACCAAAUAUAUUUGAUCUUAAACACUAGGUCUUUAAGAUUUUAGUGUUUAGAGAAUUUGAAUAAUUAUUCUUGACAUAUUGGCUUUAAGCUGUGUAUCUUAAUGAGUACAUUUUGAAAGUGUACAAUGAUAUUUGAAUUUGCUUUACAAGAUUGAUUUAGUUUUGGGCAAAUACUUUUUUCACAUUGUGCUGUCCCUUAUCCAGCAAUUUUACAAUUUCUAAUUAAUCGGUAAGUAAAUCAAUGCCCACAUGUAUAUGUUUGUGUGUAUACGGUUUUGGGAAAUUAUAGGGGCAGAUUAAAGGCGUUCUCUAAUUUUGACUAGUUGACUUGCUUGGGCCAUGUACCCUUUGGGGCUGAUUACUUGGUUACUUAAUUUAAUUUAUGUUUGCAAAAGCAGACAUCCCAAGCUAUUUCAAAUUUAAUUUAACCAUUAAGAGGCAUUCAGUAAUAGGCUAAUACUUUUUGGCUUAUACCAGAGCCAGAGGUAUUAAAUUUUGUCAUAUGGGCAGGGACUUGCAUUUGCUGUGACAGGCUGCCACAGUGAUAGUCCUACUGAUUCUGAUUGCCUUUACCAGGUAUUGUGUGAGGUAUGUCUGCUGCCAUUAGUGCAUGUUGUGAAGGGGUUAAAACACAUUUGGACAAGGGAUCAUCUAUUUCUGAGCAAUACUGACAAUCCCCCUGCUGGAAAUUGCAC